AUGACGCAAGCUCAGGAUUACAUUGUUCCCCCAGGCUCUAGAGUCCUCGUUACCGGAGCAAAUGGUUUCAUUGCCUCACACAUCGUCAAGGUUCUAUUAGAUCUUGAUUAUUUGGUUCGAGGCACGGUACGCACCCCAAUGCCAUGGCUGGCUGAGUAUUUUGAGAAACAGUGUGGUUCAGGACGCUUCGAACUUAUUGUGGUUUCCGACUUCCAGAAAUCCAAUGCCUUUGAUGAGAGCGUGAAGGGUGUAUCGGGGGUCAUACAUGUUGCUCAAGGCUUACCUUCUAGCAAUGCUGCGGAAACCGUGGAAAGUGCAACAGCCUACACCGUGAAUGGAGUCGUCAAUCUUCUCGGAUCGGCAUCCACGGAGCCUACAAUUAAGCGAGUUGUUCUCACUUCUUCUAUCGUAGCAGCCGGCUAUCCCACUGGGAAAGGGUUCAAGUUAGAUGUUGGUAAGGUAACCCCCAAUUCAUGGGAUGGAAGCCUCGAACAAGCAUCCAAAGAUGGAACUACUGUGCCCAUCUAUCGAGCAUGCAAGAUCGAAGGAGAGAGACAAGCGUGGAGAUGGGUUGAGAAGAACCAGCCACACUUUGAGCUGAACUCCGUUCUUCCAUGGCUUACAUUGGGUAAAAUUCUUCAUCCGAACAUCGGUGGUUCUACCAUGGGAUAUGUCUCUGGACUGCUCAAUGGAGAUACCACGCCGUUCAAAUUCCUUCCGCUGCCUUGGUUUGUGGAUGUGGAAGACACUGCUCGCCUACACGCUAUAGCUCUGUUCAGCCCCAGCGUGCGCUCCGAGCGACUCUUCGCCGCUGCGACGCCAUUCAUAUGGGGGGAUGUUGUUGAGAUUCUCAAAAAAAUCCAGCCCAAUAAUGCUCGUAUCCCAGCCGCUCCUGUACGGGAGGAACCGACGCUAGGAGAUGUCGUCCCGGCAGCAAGAGCCGAGAAACUAUUGCGUGAGACUUUUGGACAGAGCCGCUGGACACCACUGGAAGUCAGCCUGGAGGGUGGUAUUGCAAGGGAGUAA